AGUAAUCUCCAGGCCUUUUAUUUAAGGUAUAUUGCAAACUCGUGAGGCAGGUGUAUGGAAAACUUGUGCCUGCUGAGCUUUGAGACUGCUGUCGAGGCCUCUCUCUGCACCCGGUUUGUUUGUUGUGUUUCUGCUCCCGGUUGUGCUGUCCCCUCUCGUGGAUGUUUGUUCACCACUGCCAUCUUUUGGACGUACGCAGCCGCGCUGCGUGAUGACAGCCCUGGUCCCCCAGGGGUUGGCUUCUGAGGGCCGUAUAAAGCUUGUCACGCUUCUCGCUCGCUGGAGACCUGUCUUCAGAGAGCGGCAGUGGCUUAGUCAUAUUUCAAUAUCCUGAUCUGCAGUUUUGAAGGCACUGUUUUUGACAAAUACAGCUUUUAAAAGGACUGGAAUGGCCGAGGGUACGACAGUGUCUAAACUGGACUUCAAGUACUGGUUGGAUAAGGCUACUGAGUGGGGACAAGCCACCACUUUGGAAUCCCAGAAGGAUGUGUGCCGUCACUUGCCCCAGCUGCAGGAGUUUCUACAGCAGAUUUAUGAAACUUUAAAACAUAUGAAUUCAGUUGUGGCAAUCCAGCAAUUCCCUUUAAUUGGCCAGCUUCUAGGAAGACUCUGUUGGAAUCCUUUUGUUAUAGGAUAUGAUGAAAGCCAGAAGAUUCUGAUGUGGUGCUUAUGUUGUCUGUACAGCAGUGAACCACAGAACCCUGUGGAAUUGAAGGCCAACAGCUGGAUACAAAGUUUGCUCUGCCAUCUCCUUUCUUCUUCUAAAUGGGAAAGUAAUGAAGCUGAGACCAAUACUUUUAUUUCAGCUCUUGGCUACACAUCAGCAGAUUAUUAUUCUCACUUGGUUAAAAAUAUGGUCUCAUCACUAGUGACAGAAUUGAAAGGAAAUCAGUUUAAUGGACUUAACGUUCAAGGGAGAGUAUCAGACAGUCGUCUGAGUGAGAUCUCCCUUUUAUGUGUCCCUCUGAUUACUUUGCCUGAUCUUACUCCAUUGCUGGAAACUCUGCUUCUUUGCCAUGGAAGUGCGUCACAGGAAGUUCUCAGUUCAGAGUUUCUAGAAGCUGUGAAUGAAGCCUUUCUAAAAAAGAAGAUCUCCCUCACGGAAACUGCUGUCUUCAGUCUAUGGCUUCGUCACUUACCAAGCCUGGAAAAAGCUACUUUUGAUCUUUUAGACCAACUCGUUUCCACUCAGAUGACUUCACUGGAGGAAGUAGCUUGUGUCAUAAAAGAUUCAUUAUUGCCACAAGCAGCGAUACAUCCUGCCAUUUUCAUAAUCAUUGAUGAAAUUUUCAAGAGUAUACUACUGGAAACCGAUGGAGCUCCAGAAGUUAUGACCAUACUACAGGUGUUUACACAGCUCUUUGUUCAGGCUCACCAGAAUAAAAACAAGCAGCAUAAGUUUCCACUGAAAGCCUACUUCUCUCACUGUCACCAGCCUCUUGUAGUAGCUUUAAUCGGACGACCUUCUGCUAUGCAUUGCUCUCAGCACUUGAAAUACAUUUCGGAAAUACUCAAGACGUUGGUAGAAGGUGAAAGCAUCAGAUCUUUUGCUGACCUUUUUCAAAUCUGGUUUUUGGUUGCUCGCUUUGGAGAGUGGCUGGAUGUUGCAGCAGAGCAAUUGCUGAAGGCCCCAGCUGAACCUGAUGCUUUGCUGUGGCUGCUGGCAUUUUACUACAGUCCUCAGAAUGAAAACCAGCAAAGGACUCAAACAAUGGUAGAAGCUAGAGAAAUCUACAGUCAACUUAGGAUGCUCUUCAGUUGUCCAGCCCUCUCUGUCAAAGAUCUGCAGGAUGCUGUGCACAAAGCAGACAUAAAGCAGAGUGGUGCUCAGCACCUUACAACACAUCUUCUUAUCAGCUUUUUACUUUUUUCUUCUGGUGGACAUAUGAUUGCCCAGGAAUAUAUUUCCCAUGUGACUGGGACGAGGGAGGCGAGCCAGGAGGUUCGUGGCCUGCUCCUCCGUACGGCCCACAGAGUUAGACCUGGUGCAGAAGGAAACCCCAGGGCUGCGGCGCUGGCGAACAAUCUGCUUCAAAAACUGGUGUCGAGAGCCUAGAUUUGGGAUGGAUUUUAGAUAGUGUUUAUCAAGCCAUGACAAUUUAUGAAUCAGACUGCAACCCACUUCCAUUGCUUGUUACCAAAGUGUGAAAAAACACCUGUGUUCAGGAUAACCCUUGCCUCUGUCCUCACCUGCUUGGAAGUACUGCAUGUUUGGAAAUGUUAAACUAUUAGAAUGCAACAUGAAAUAUUAAAGACAACUGAAAACUUCUUCCUUAAUCUAUUUUUUUCCCCUUCUCCGACAAACCUGCUUCGUUUGAAGCAGUUUAUCCUUGUUGUUUGUCUGGUUAUGAAUCAGUUUUUCUUUUCCCCCAAAAAGCAUGGUUUUAUGGACAAUUUGGUGGUUAAGCUAUUUCUGAAAUAUUUGGUGCAUAAUUCAUCUUUUACAAGACUAACAGUGAUCCCAAGUGAGGACUAGUGAGUCAUAGUGAAUGAACUCCGUGUUCUCAGGAAAUCAGCAGCGUUUCCUGCACUCCUCAAUUCUUUUUGAAAAUGUUUCCAGAGUGAAAAUCCUCUCAAAUUUGGGAGUGGUGUUUGUCAGAACUGCAGCUUUUGCAGAGUGCCCUUCUCUGCGACGUGCCAUAGCAAACUGCUGGUCUGCACUGACUGAUGCUGCAAGUAGGAAUUUGCUAACAAAUUCUCUUAUCUUC